CGUCUCGACGACCUGCUGGGCCGGCUGAGCCCCGCCGAGCUGGUGCUGCAGGUGGCGAGGGGGGGAGCGAUGGGGAACGGCCCCGCGCCCCCCGUUCCCCGGUUGGGCAUCGGGCCCUACAACUGGAACACGGAGUGCCUGCGGGGCGACGCGGAGGCUCCCGGCUGGGCCACGGCUUUCCCCCAAGCGUUGGGGCUCGCUGCUGCCUUCAGCCCAGAGCUCGUCUACCGGGUGGCCAACGCCACCGCCACCGAGGUGAGAGCCAAGCACAACGACUUCGCCGCCACCGGCCGCUACGGUGACCACACAGGGCUCAGCUGCUUCAGCCCCGUCCUGAACAUCAUGAGGCACCCGCUGUGGGGCAGGAACCAGGAGACCUACGGGGAGGACCCGUUCCUGAGCGGGGAGCUGGCCCGCAGCUUCGUGCAGGGGCUGCAGGGCCAGCAUCCCCGCUACGUCAAGGCCAGCGCCGGCUGCAAGCACUUCAGCGUGCACGGGGGCCCUGAGAACAUCCCCGUCUCCAGGCUCAGCUUCGACGCCAAGGUGCUGGAGCGGGACUGGCGUACCACCUUCCUGCCCCAGUUCCAGGCGUGCGUGCGCGCCGGCUCCUACAGCUUCAUGUGCAGCUACAACAGGAUCAAUGGCGUUCCCGCCUGCGCCAACAAGAAGCUGCUGACGGACAUCCUGCGCGGCGAGUGGGGGUUCAAGGGCUACGUGGUGAGCGACGAGGGGGCCCUGGAGCUCAUCAUGCUGGGGCACCGCUACACGCGCACCUUCCUGGAGACGGCGGUCGCCUCGAUGAACGCCGGCUGUAACCUGGAGCUCUCCUAUGGCAUGAGGAACAACGUCUUCAUGCACAUCCCCCAGGCUCUGGCCAUGGGCAACAUCACGCUGCAGAUGCUGCGUGACCGGGUCCGGCCCCUCUUCUACACACGGAUGCGGCUGGGGGAGUUCGACCCCCCAGCCAUGAACCCUUACAGCGCCCUGGACCUGAGCGCCGUGCAGAGCCCCGAGCACCGCAACCUCUCGUUGGAAGCUGCUGUCAAGAGCUUCGUGCUGCUGAAGAACGCGCGGGGGACGCUCCCCCUCUGGGCUCAGGACCUGCCCGGCAAGCACCUCGCGGUGGUGGGUCCCUUCGCCGACAAUCCCCGGGUGCUGUUCGGGGACUACGCGCCGGUGCCGGAGCCGCGGUACAUCUACACUCCCCGGAGGGGGCUGGAGACGCUGCCGGCCAAUGUCAGCUUCGCAGCAGGCUGCCGUGAGCCGCAGUGCCAGCAGUACUCGCGGGCGGAGGUGGUGGGUGCAGCAGGGGCAGCCGAUGUGGUGGUGGUCUGCCUGGGGACAGGGACGGAUGUGGAGAUGGAGGCGAAGGACCGGAGGGACCUGUCCCUGCCGGGCCACCAGCUGGAGCUGCUGCAGGAUGCCGUGGAGGCGGCCGCCGGGCGCCCCGUCAUCCUGCUGCUGUUCAAUGCGGGGCCCCUGGACGUGAGCUGGGCGCAGGCGCACGAGGGCGUGGGGGCCAUCCUGGCGUGCUUCUUCCCUGCCCAGGCCACCGGCCUCGCCAUUGCCAGGGUCCUGCUGGGCGAGGUGGGGGCCAACCCGGCUGGCAGGCUGCCGGCCACGUGGCCCGCAGGCAUGCACCAGGUGCCACCGAUGGAGAACUACACCAUGGAGGGGCGAACGUACCGGUACUAUGGGCAGGAGGCCCCGCUCUAUCCUUUUGGCUACGGGCUGUCCUACACCACCUUCCAGUACCGGGACCUGGUGCUGAGCCCCCCAGUGCUGCCCGUCUGUGCCAACCUCUCCGUGUCCGUGGUGCUGGAGAACACGGGGCAGAGGGAUGGCGAGGAGGUGGUGCAGCUGUACCUGCGGUGGGAGCAGUCGUCUGUGCCGGUGCCCCGCUGGCAGCUGGUGGCUUUCCGCCGCGUGGCCGUGCCGGCCGGCCGGGAGACCAAGCUGUCCUUCCAGGUGGCAGCCGAGCAGCGUGCCGUCUGGGCACAGGACUGGCGCCUCGAGCCCGGCACCUUCACCCUCUUUGCCGGCGGGCAGCAGCCAGGCCAGCAGACGCGGGCGCCCUCGGAGGUGCUGAGCGCACGGUUCACCGUCACCGGUGCAGCCCGGCCCCUGCGUGGGUGCUAG